AUGGCGGAACUUCUUGAAACAUACGAGUCCGACUUCCAGUUGGCGCUCCAGGAAGCGCAGCUGAAAUUCUCCACGGUUGGCCGCGAGCCUGCUCAGCGCCGCGCCGCGUUGCAGGCUAUCGAACAUGCCACCGACGAGGCGCUCGAGAUCUUGGACCAGAUGAAUGUCGAGGUGCAGAAUUUGCCCGCCAGCCAGCGGCUGGCCCAAAACGCCAAGAUCCGGCAGCACCGUGGCGAGGUCGAUGCCACAAAAUCGAAGUUGCGCCAGCUUCUAGACGAGGAGGACCGCGGCGCCUUGUUUGGGCUGCGGUACACAGACGAGGAGGCCAGCGUGGGCGGCACGGGCGGGGACAAUCAGAGAAAAACGCUUUUGAGCAACAACGCGUCGCUUGAGCGGACCUCGGACCGGCUCCGGGAAAGUCAGCAGAUCGCGUACGAGACCGAGAACAUUGGGGGCAACAUCCUCAACGACUUGCGUGCGCAGCGGGAGCAGAUUGUCAAUCUGCGGAACACGUUGGGUGCCGCCGACAACUACGUGGACAAGUCUGUGCAGACGCUCAAGUCGAUGCUGCGGCGCAUCACGGCCAACAAGUACAUCAGCUAUGCGAUCAUCGCGGUGUUGGUUCUUCUAAUAUUGCUUGUGCUCGCCAGCAAGUUUUGA